UUUGUUGUGGAAAAUGGUCGCAGACAUGGCGAGUGACGUGAGGGGAAACCGAAAGUUUAAUUAUAUACACAGUUGUGAUUUGGCAGUAAAUUUCAGAAUUAAAAUAGGAACCCUGGAAGGGAAGCGUGACCGACCAAGCUACCAGGCUUUGAUUGAUGAUCCACUAUUGAAGUAUUCGGGCAUGUACGAAGAGAAAUGCUCAGAUAUGUACGUGACCUGCCAGGUGUUUACGGAUGGAAAGCCUCUGUCCCUCCCUGUUCAGACUUCAUACAAACCAUUUACUACUCGUUGGAAUGCCUUACGUCAGGGGAUCCAUGAUUUGAGGCUUUGGCCUGGAGUCCAAGCUGACGGAAGUACACAAACCUCCACUCCAGGAAAAUCCUUUAGUUCCAAGGAACGGAUGAACAGACUUGCUAAGGUACCGUACACUGCAGAGGAGGACUGUCAACGUCACCCAGUAGCAGAAAUUGUUUUUAUUCCUGAUCCUGAAAUAGCCUUGGAAAACCUAGUGGAGAGUAAACAUCACAAAUUAGUAAGAAGUGUAAGGAGUGGCCUAAGUGAUAAAGACUUGAAACCAAAUGCUGUAACAAGAGACCAACUGAAUGUGAUAGUUAGUUACUCACCAACAAAAAAUCUUUCGUCCGAGGAGCAAGACCUAGUGUGGAAGUUUAGGUUUUAUCUCACAAGUCAGAAGAAGGCUCUUACAAAGUUUCUUAAGUGUGUAAACUGGAAAGUUAGUGGGGAAGCCAAACAAGCUCUGGAACUUCUAGGAAAAUGGCAAGCGAUGGAUAUAGAUGAUGCUUUGGAACUCUUGUCUCCGCAGUUUACACAUCCAGCAGUUAGGAAGUAUGCUGUUACCAGGCAUCCUGUAGACCUCUUGCUGUACCUGCUUCAGCUAGUCCAGGCCUUAAAAUACGAGAACUUUGACGAUAUAAAGUCUGGACUAGAGCAACGUCGAGAGUCUUCUGCUUUAAAUCUAAAUUUUACAGAAAUGUUGUCGUCUACCAUUCCCGUGGAAAAAGAAAGUUCACAUUUUGAUAGGUCAAACACGGGACAUGAAAGUCAACAUCAGCGCACUGAUUCCCUUCUGGAUCAUCUUCGUGAACCUCCUGGGUUAGGAAUUGGUGAAAUAUUACUGCCAGCUGACAGUCCCUCUACUUCUUCAGAAAUGGACUUGGCUACUUUUCUCAUCAGUCGUGCAUGUGCCAAUGAUACUUUAGCCAACUACUUUUACUGGUAUCUACUUGUGGAGUGCGAAGAUCAAGACAAUACAACAAAGGACCCUAGAGUCACAGACAUGUACAUCACGGUCAUGAAGCGAUUCUCUCAAGCCCUCAUUAAGGGAGGACGGCAAUACCGCUUGAGACGUUCUCUUUUAUCUCGACAACAGAACUUCAUAGAUAAGUUGGUGGUAUUAAUGAAGACUGUCGCCAGGGAAAGUGGAAAUCGGAAGAAAAAGAUUGAACGACUGCAGGCCAUGCUCUCGGAUCCUGAAGCCAAUAAGAUCAAUUUUACAGGUUUUGAUCCUCUGCCAUUGUCUUUAGACCCAGAAGUGAAAAUUAAAGGGAUUAUUCCAGAGAAGGCAACGUUAUUUAAAAGUGCUCUUAUGCCUGCUAGACUAACGUUUCUUACAGUGGAUGAUACAGAAUAUGUAGCAAUCUUUAAACAUGGAGAUGACCUCAGACAAGACCAGCUAAUAUUACAGACUAUUACCCUCAUGGACAAACUUCUUCGACGUGAAAACCUAGACUUAAAAUUAACACCAUACAGAGUUCUUGCCACCAGCAGUAAACAUGGUUUUGUACAGUAUAUAGAAUCAACACCAGUCGCCGAAGUGUUAGCUUCGGAAGGAAGCAUCCAGAAUUACUUCAGGAAACAUGCUCCCUCAGAGCUAGGUCCGUACAACAUAUCUACAGAGGUGAUGGACACUUACGUGAAGUCAUGUGCUGGUUAUUGCGUGAUUACCUACCUGCUAGGCGUCGGAGAUCGACACUUGGAUAACUUACUUCUUACAAAAACUGGCAAGCUUUUUCACAUUGAUUUUGGUUACAUCUUGGGGCGAGACCCUAAGCCACUACCACCACCUAUGAAGUUAAGUAAGGAAAUGGUUGAAGCCAUGGGAGGCAUCAACUCUGACCACUACCAGGAGUUUCGUAAGCAAUGUUACACUGCCUUUCUACACUUACGCAGACAUGCCAACCUGAUUUUGAACUUGUUUUCUCUCAUGAUGGAUGCCAGUGUUCCAGAUAUUGCUCUUGAACCUGAUAAAACUGUCAAAAAGGUACAAGAUAAGUUUAGACUUGAUCUGACUGAUGAAGAAGCUGUACACUACAUGCAAAACAUGAUUGACAUCAGUGUAACUGCUGUUAUGGCUGCUCUAGUUGAACAAAUUCACAAAAUUGCUCAGUACUGGAGACGAUGACGAAAGAAUUUGGGGUUUUGUUAUUUGUGUCACGUUCAAAGAAGAGUCUGGAAGUCUAAUUGUUAAAUGAGUCGUAUGUCAGUAUCACUGAAAACCGCUUUCAUGACCGCGUGAAGGACUGUGUCUGACAAGAACUCUGUAAUAAGUUGAUUAUGUAACAUGAAUAUAUAUUGAAUACCCAUUGUUAGAAGCAACUGUGUACAUCUAGUUUAUGGCGUUCAAAAA